UCCAGCAGUACUUCACGAGCGUGGCGGCGCGCGUGUGCCAGCCCUGGCUGUUCAGCGACGCGCUGUACGAGCUGCUGCCCGCCGGCGCGCGCCAGGAGCGGCGCCGCCGGCUCAUGUGGGACUUUGUGGAGCAGUUAAUAACUAAACACAAGGAGCAAUACAAAAAAAGCCUGGAGAACAAAUUAGAACGGGACAACCAACCCGGCGAUGGUAAAUUUAAGUCAUUUUUGGAGUUGCUGAUAGAGUUCUCCGGCGAACAGGGCGGAUACUCCGACACUGAACUGCGAGAGGAGACCCUGGUGCUGCUGCUGGCGGCCACCGACACCACUGCCACCGCCUCGUGCUUGGCCUCCGUGCUGCUCGCCAACCAUCCGCGCGUGCAGCGCAGGCUGUACGAUGAGAUCCAACAAGUAUUGGGAGAGUCGGAGAGGACUCUUGAUAAUUUGUCGAAGCUGAAGUACUUGGACGCCGUCGUCAAGGAGACCCUGCGGCUGUACCCCCCCGCGCCCGUCACCGUGCGCCGCUGCACCGCAGAUAUCGACUUGCCUUCCGGCUUAACUCUGAAGGAAGGCUGUUACUUCCUGGUGAACUUCUGGGGCUUGCACCGCAACCCGCACUGCUGGGGCGCCGACGCCGACCAGUUCCGACCGGAGCGCUUCCUGAGCGCCACGCCGGACCAGCUCGCCGCCUUCAUGCCCUUCGGACACGGCCCGCGCAGCUGCACUGGUUUUAACUUGGGUCUGGCUUCAGUGAAGCUGUCGCUCGCCGAGCUGCUGCGCCACUACCGCCUGCGGCCGGCCGCCGGCUACCGGCUCAGCCGGCGCGAGCCGCUGCGGGUGACCUUCGACAUCAUGCUCAAACACGUGCACAACUUCGAGGUGCAGCUGGAGAAGAGACGAUAACCAUCUAUACUUCUAUACUAAUGUUAUAAAGCUGAAGAGUUUGCUUGUUUGCUUGAACGCGCUUAUCUCAAAAACUACUGGUCCGAUUUGAAAAAAUAUUUCAGUGUUAGCAUCAUGCAUCAUGAUAGAUCAUGCAAUCAUUCCAUCUUUAUGUUAAGAGUCACAUGUUAUGUUUAGAGAGCACAUCCAAUCGUGGACUGUAAUCAUCGGGCGUGACUGCAGCUAAGCGCUAGUCAUAAUUGUAAUAUUUAUAGUACAAGGAGAUUGUAUAAAGACUCAGACGAUACUACGGAAAAAGAUCAUAAUAUUUUCAAUUUAAGAGGCAAAAUAACUUUCAGACGAUGGCCUGUUAUACUUACCAGGAAGAUAAAUACAAAAUUAUGUACUAACGUGUACUAAGUUAUUUAUUAUAAAAAGAAAAUAAAUAUUGAAUAUCUUGUACGGACCUAUAUUACUAUUUAAGAUCAGCAUAUUUUCUUGUUUUUGUAUUUUUUAGCAUUUCAAUGUAGUUAUUCAAAGUAACGCUUUUGAAAUUGUUUUAUUAUACUAUUUAUUGAUUUAAAA